AUGGCUUCAGUAAUGCUGCAACAGCCCAAAAAUGAAAAACUUACCGAAAACAGUGAUUCUAAAAUGACGGUUCCAAUGACUUUCUUACCUGAAAAUGGCAGCUCCAAUAACUCUAAUAACGACAGCUCCAAUGGCGAAAUCAUAUCUGGAAGAGAGAGAGAAGCAUCAAAAACUUACCAAGAUUACGCAUACAAUACAACUCCAGAAAAAGUGCAAGACCACUCACUGGAAAAACAUAAAUGUACAAAACCACCUACCAAGAAUGUCCUAUAG